UCGGUCUCUCCUGUCACGUCAACUUUCGCGGAUUUUUUGUGAUCAUAGCUGUGGCAUACUUUUACUAGACUUUUCGGCAGGCAGUUUCGUGAAUUUGAGAAUCGUCACUCCAAGAUGGCAGGAAUCGCCAAUCUGUCGAUGGUUGAUAACGCCCUCCGCAGUGUGGACAAGGUGGUGUCCUACAUCACCAUCGGAAUGGAAGACAUCAUAGAGGUGUCGCUUGAUCUUGCCGAAUCGGCAACAGAAGGAGAUGGUACGGAAGGUCACUUGGAAGAAUUGAAGAAAAUGAUGGAAGAGUAUGCCUCUAUGGAGCAAGAUGUCCAUCAGUACGUCAAGGCAGUCAAGCAGGUCAAAGGCCAGAUACAAAGAUUGGGAAUCGAGGAACAGAUGAAAGUUGAAGUUUCGGAUCUCGUUGAGGAGGCGGUUGCAGACAUCCAAAAGACCGGCAGCGAAGAGACGUCGGCCAGACACGGCAAGGUAGAUGAACUCAUACGAAGGAUGUGGCACUACAGAAAUGCUGGGGAGAGCAUGCCCUCAACAAGCGCGCAACACGGCGACGAUGAUGUCGUCAUGACGCAAUGCGAGGUGUCGACCGUUUGUCCAAUCUCACGGUGCGAAAUGACGGACCCGGUCACCAACCGACACUGCCAACACAACUACGAGCGGGUGGCCAUCAUGCAGAUUGUGAGAAACCGCAAAAAUGCAAAGUGCCCUGUGAUUGGCUGUGGCAACCAGAUUCCGAUCACCAAGGCGGACCUCGUAGACAACCGACAGCUCAAGAGGUUCAUCGAACACAGAAACAGACAAGAAAACCGAUCCUAGGACAAACAGACUGGUUGAAAGGGGGACGGAAAAGAAGGGGGAGGGGCUUUAAGAGAUCCAGGGGGAGGCAUUUGGAAAGCCAAACAAGACGCCAAAAAUAGCAAAGAUUAAUUUUUCAGUUCAAUUUAAAAAAUCGACCUGGAGAGGAAGGCAGGAAUUAGUAAUAACUGCUGAGAUUUUAAAGGUGCAGUCUGAUGAUUGUCUUUUGUGAAUAAUGAGCUUUAAUUUAAUCAAGCUUUAAUGCAAACAAAUGGUAAUACUGUCACAUGUAACUGUCAUGUGAUUUAAGUUCGGUCAGGGGUCAUUCCGGAUAAUCAAACGCUCAUCGAAGGCGCAUGAACACGCACGUACGGAGCUGAUGUUUUGUUUUAACAUUUGUUACAACUUUUCUUGAAGUUUUUGUAUGUUUUUAUAAAUAAACUUGUUCUAAAAGAAGUUUAAAUGA